AUGUGUAAAAGUGAUCUGAGCGAACGAACACGUAUGUCUUAUCUAUCAGGUGAUAUGAUGGAAAAUAAUUUGGUUGGUAUUAGAACUAUCAGUCGGAUAGGUUUUCGCUUAUUCGAUGGAUCUUUUUUAUAUGGUCCGAUAGCUGUUUUCCCAAAGGCUGCACUUUCAUGGCGUGUUCUUUCUCCUGAUCACAUCAAUGAAGAAUCUAUUGAAUUUUUCACUUUAUUAGAACCAAAGCUUGAUGUUCUCAUUGUUGGAGUGGGUGAUCGGCAAAAUAUUGAUCCAGUUCGAGCAAGAAUUACUCGAUUAUUGUCAAAACAUCGAAUCGGUUUAGAAAUUAUGGAUACUGUAAGGCUGAAAAAUUAUGUAUUAGGAAUGUUUUUUGUUUAUUUGCAGGAAGAAGCAAUACCAACUUUCAACUAUCUAAAUUCCGAAAGGCGUUACGUUGCUGCAGCCUUAUAUCCACCAGAUGAUCUAAUCGUAACAGAUGAACAGCAUGGUGAAGUAUUGCAACUGUUAAAGAAUUUCGAUACUUUGGAUGAAAAUCCUUUCUUUCCCUCAGCGAGUUUAUUAGAGGAUAGGGCUAAGGUUACUAUUCGAAAGUUGUGGUCCUCUGAAGAAGCCGAACAAAUUGAAAAAUUGUUGGAUGAGAGGUAUGAGGAGUACAAAGCUGCUGACGAAGAAAGAAUAUUGAAGUUAAAGGAUAGAUGA